AUGCUUCCAGCGCGAGCAUGGCCUCUACUCUUGCUGCUUCCUCCCGCCCUCGCCUGCGACGGCUCGAUUUCCCCAGACGCCUACUACGUCCGCAACGGACUGACAUGGACCGAGGGCGCGGUGCGGAUGAACGAGGUGCAGGUGGUCGGCACGCACAAUAGCUACCACGUCGAGGCGGAUCCGAAGGAGCAGGGCUUCAUGGCGCGGUUCGCGGACGACGCGAUCAAUUUUCGCUACUCGCACUCGGCGCUGGACGUGCAGCUGGAGUACAGCCGCGUGCGUAGUCUAGAACUCGACAUCCUCGCCGACCCCGACGGCGGCAACUACGCCAAGCCGCUCAUCCGCCGCCUCGUCGGCCUCCCCUUCCCCGACGACCCAACCUUCACCACCAACAGCACCAAGGUGCUGCACGUCCCGGACCUCGAUGUCGGCUCCGUCUGCGCCAGCGUCGUCCAGUGCCUGCGCAUCGUCAAGCGCUGGCUGGACGCCCACCCGCGCGCCGUCCCCAUCCCCAUCCUCCUCGAGCUCAAGACCGCCGAGUCCAUCGGCGGCCUCAUCGGCGGCGCCAAGGUCAUCGCCUGGAACGACACCGCGCUGCUCGACUUCCUCGACGCCGAGAUCCGCUCCGUCUUCCCCCACGAGCAGCUCAUCCUCCCCGACGACCUGCGCCGCGAGGACAACCCUUCCGAGACGCUCGAGGGGGCGGUGCUGCGCCGCGGCUGGCCGGACCUCGACUCGGCGCGCGGCCGCGCCUUCUUCCUCAUGGACAACGGGCCGGUGCACCCCGUCCGCAGCGCGUACAUUGCCGGGCGGCCGAACCUGGAGGGGCGGAUGAUUUUCACCAACGCGGCGCCGGGGGACCCGGACUGCGCGUUCCAGAAGCACAACGAGCCGGUGGGCGAGGAGGCGGUGGAGCGGAUCCGGGCGCAGGUGGCGGCGGGGUACUGGGUGCGCACGCGCGCGGACGUGCCGCUGGACACGGUGCUGCGGGACAAGUGCGAGACGGGGAGGAGGGAGGCGGCGCUGCGGUCGGGCGCGCAGGUCGUGUCGACGGACUUUCCGGCGUACGGGCCGAGCGCGCGCUGGGGGUGCGAUUAUGCGGUGCGGUUGCCGGGGGGCAGGCCGGCGCGGUGCAAUCCGGUGAGCGCGGGGAGGUGGUGCGACGAGGCGGAGCUGGAGCCGGGCGAGUACAGCCGCAACUGA